GGUAUCGAAGCAAAGUCGUCGAUAAGUUGAUAACGUACGAAGCUAUCACCUGGGCCUCCACAAGCGAGGGAAAAGUGGGGCCAAGGCAUGCGCCUCCGGGAAACCAUGAAUGCGACCGUUGCAUCCACCUCCAUCUUUCCUCCAUUAACAAGCCGCCGCGAGUCACGUUCAAGCCCCAACGCCCAUCGCAGGUUCAGUUCGCUUCCGGGCCCUAUGCGACAAGCGCGGUCAUCAUGGCGGCCAAAACCGAGAAGCUGGACCCGGUUUGGGAUGAUCUCGAUAGGACUAUGGGCCAAUUGUUCAUGAUGGGAUUUGAUGGGACUACUGUUACCCCACAUAUUCGGACAAUUAUCGAGAAGUUCCGAGUUGGCUCUAUCCUGCUUACCGCAAAGAAUUGCAAAUCCGCAGAACAGACAACAAAGCUCUGUCAUGAUCUGCAGACAAUCGCGCAUGAAGCUGGACACCCAGUGCCUCUUGCCAUCGGUCUCGACCAAGAAAAUGGCGGCGUCAACAGCCUCUUCGAUGAAAUUUACAUUCGCCAAUACCCCAGCAACAUGGGUGUGGCAGCCGCAGGUUCAACUGAUCUGGCUUUCGAAGUAGCAAAAGCGACUGCACAGGAGAUUGCUGCCUGCGGUAUCAACUGGAUCUUUGGUCCAUGUUUAGACGUGCUCACCAAUGCACGAAAUCAACCACUCGGUGUCAGAACAGCUGGCGACGACCCCCAGGAAGUUGCUGCUUACGGCUGUGCAUUCAUGCAGGGCUACAAGGAAGCCGGCUUGGUAACACUUGGGAAGCACUUUCCAUCGUAUGGUAAUCUCGAAUUCCUUGGCUCAACGCUCGAUGUACCCAUCAUCACAGAAUCACUGGAGCAGCUGAGUCUGAGCGCAUUGAUACCUUACAAGAAAGCCAUUGAAAAAGGUCUUGACUCCAUGUUUGUUGGUGGUUGCGCAAUGUCUUCAGCAGGCCUCAAUGCUAUGCACGCCUGCCUUUCUGAACAGGUCAUCGACGGGCUCUUACGAUCCGACCUGAAAUUUGGAGGUGUAGUAGUUUCCGAGUGCCUGGAAAUGGAAGCGCUCAGCCACAACAUUGGUGUUGGUGGGGGAACGGUCAUGGCCGUCAACGCUGGUUGUGAUGUCGUUUUACUCUGCCGGUCGUUCGAUUGCCAGCAAGAAGGGAUGAAAGGACUAAAGACAGGCAUCGAAAACGAGGCCGUCUCUAAGAAACGGAUCUAUUCCUCACUAAGACGUGUUCUAGCUCUGAAAGCCAAAUGCACAUCUUGGGAAAAGGCAUUGAACCCUCCAGGGAUCGACUACCUCGAAACGCUCCAGCCUUCACAUACAGCACUGUCUACAAAGGCAUAUAAUAGUUCUAUCUCGGUUGUACGUGAUAAGAACAGACUUUUACCGCUGACCAACAUCCUGGAGAGCGAGGAAGAAUUGCUCCUCCUCACGCCGCUGGUGAAGCCGCUGGCCGCAUCCGCUGCGUCGCGAGAAUUAUCAGAUGCUGCAGCUACUCAUUCGCCAGAGCCCCAUGCUUGGGAACAUAGUUCAUCUGUAAUGAGUGGUGAGCGAGUAUUCAGGGAACUGGGAAGGUCUCUAGCUAGGCAACGGAACGGCCGAGUGCUUCACACCUCCUACACAGCUAAUGGUGUUCGACCUGUCCAUGAGAAUCUCAUCAACCGUGCGAGUGCGGUCAUAGUCCUCACAGCAGAUGCAAAUCGGAACCUGUACCAGGCUGGCUUUACCAAACAUGUAUCGAUGAUUUGCAACAUGCAAUACACAACUGGUGGCGAAAAGCGCGAGAAGCCUUUGAUUGUGGUAGCUGUAAGCUCUCCAUACGACUUCGCCAUGGACAGUACGAUCGGAACAUACAUUUGUACAUACGACUUCACCGAGACAGCGCUGAACUCUUUGGUCAGGGUCCUGUAUGGUGAGCUCUCACCAACAGGAACACUACCUGGAACUAUCAGCAAAAGCCAGAAGCUGCAUCCUUCAAGACAGCAUUGGCUAGUGGAGAAUUUCAACGAAGAACGAGAUGCAAACGCUCUUGACGCACUCAUCAAUGUAGUCAUGGAAGGCACAGCACCGAACCAGCGAUCAGAACUAUCAAGUGCGACUUCGAGCUCGUUCAUUUUGCACCAUCAAGAGGUAGAAGAGUCCCACUUCGUGGUCAGGAACAGUAGCACUCAAGCUUUGUACGGAUUCUGCUCUACGUACUUCUUCAAGUCGACAGGCACGGGAGUCAUCAGCGCUCUGUUCGUAGAUCCAGCCCGGCGAAAAUUGUCCAUUGGCCACUCUCUGCACAACCGUGCUAUCCGAACACUGUUACAGAAAGAAGGUAUCAAGCGGUUCCAGCUAGGAUCUCGGUUACCAAGUGUCUACCUGGGUAUCCCUACAGGCCAUGGUCCUGAGCGUAAACGCCUUAGAUCGUGGUUUGCUAAUCUUGGAUGGAAUGCAGCGCUUUCACGACCAAUCUCUAGCAUGGUAGCUCGUAAUCUGCAGACUUGGACUCCACCCGAGGGUAUGGCAAAGAGCCUGGCGAGUGCUGGUGCGCAAUUCGAUCUUGUGUAUGGCUGGGACUUUGCAGGUCCCGUGCUUGACCAUAUCAAGACCAGCAAUCGACAAGGCUUGGCUGAGGUAUACAAGCUCGCGCUCCAAGAUCCCCAGGCUUGCGGCAUCAUUCGUGCCAAACGUCCAGAAGAUGGCGCCCUGGUGGGUACUGUAGUGCUCUACAACCAUCACUCCCGCCUUUCGGAGUACAUGCCACCACUCAAAGACCUCAAUGAAUCAGCUGGAGGCAUAUCUUCACCAGUAAUUUCGCCUGGUGUUGGAGAGUAUUCGACAUUGCUUCAAGGGCUCAUCCUGCUUGGUAUGCGUCAAAUCAAGGCACAGGGGUGUAACGCAUGUUUGCUUGACUACAUGGACGGCGAUGGAAACUUCGAUGGUUUCUCGACGAUGGGCUUUGAUGUCAUGCACAACUUUGAAGAGGUAUCAUGCGAUGCAGCAACAUGGACUACGAUACCCCCUGCUUGAUAAUUCGUGGUUCUUCCUCCAAGACGCUUUGCUAUGAUAUUGAACGCUGGGAGGUAACACAAGGUUUAGUGAUUGGGAAAAGGGAUUAAUUGGCAUACCCGGCGUCACGGCGUUCCAAUGUAACACAUACCCUCCAUGAUCCUGAGUCAGACUUGUAGUUGGUAUCUUGUUCGAAACAAAUACAGAUUGCUGUUCUCAUCGAACUCGCGCGCGAUAACACACCAAUCCUUCCGAUCGUCAUGACGCAUUGCCACUAGCGGGAGUCUCAAAGCGGAAGUGACGUGAUGAGCAAGCCUUCGGUUGCACCUGCCGCACCACCACGACCUGAGCAGGUCGCAUCCCUUCGCACCCCUUUCCGGAGACUGAGAAAAGCUGGAGUAGGGUGAGGAUAUGGACAAAGACUGCGUAGUAUGGUGCCGAGUAAACGUCGUCGGGAUAGAG